AAAAAGUAGUGCCUAAAGCCCUAAACCAUGAUGUGGCCCGGAACAACGGGCCUCAAGGCUCAAACCCGUGGCCCGGGCAUUCUAAGCGCGGGUAUAGAUUAAGAAACCCGGCAUUUUCACUAGAUUCUAGAACCUCCAGUUUCUGCGCUCGUAGCGAUUCAGGUUAGAGAGAGAGAGAGAGAGAGAUUUCAUCAAGUGAUAAAAAGAAUAUAAAGGAUCUCUGAGAACUUUAAUCGGCAAUGGCUUCCGAUGCGGACAUGGAGGAUUACGGAUUUGAGUACUCGGAAGAGGAGCAAGAGGAGCAAGAUGUUGACAUUGAAAAUCAGUACUACAAUGCAAAAGGAUUGGUCGAAACUGAUCCGGAAGGUGCAUUGGCUGGUUUUGGUGAAGUGGUACGCAUGGAAGCAGAGAAGGCGGAGUGGGGAUUUAAGGCUCUGAAACAAACUGUCAAGCUUUAUUAUCGGCUAGGAAAGUAUGAACUAAUGAUGCAAGCCUAUAGGGAAAUGUUGACUUACAUUAAGUCGGCGGUGACACGAAACUAUAGUGAAAAAUGUAUAAAUAGUAUCAUGGAUUUCGUUUCUGGGUCAGCUAGUCAGAACUUUGGGCUUCUGCAAGAGUUCUACCAGACCACUCUGAAGGCCCUUGAAGAGGCUAAAAAUGAGAGACUGUGGUUUAAAACAAAUCUCAAGCUCUGCAAGAUUUGGUUUGACAUGGGUGAAUAUGGGCGAAUGAGUAAGAUUUUGAAGGAGCUUCACAAAUCUUGCCGAAAAGAAGAUGGUACGGAUGACCACAAGAAAGGAACACAACUUUUGGAAGUAUAUGCAAUAGAGAUUCAAAUGUACACUGAAACCAAGAAUAACAAAAAACUCAAGCAACUAUACCAGCAAGCACUUACGAUCAAGUCAGCAAUACCCCAUCCAAGGAUAAUGGGGAUAAUUCAUGAAUGUGGGGGUAAAAUGCACAUGGCAGAGCGCCAUUGGGCAGAAGCAGCUACUGAUUUCUUUGAAGCUUUUAAAAACUAUGAUGAAGCUGGAAAUCAUCGGCGUAUCCAAUGCUUGAAAUAUCUGGUUCUUGCCAACAUGCUGAUGGAAUCUGAAGUUAAUCCAUUUGAUGGGCAGGAGGCCAAGCCAUACAAAAAUGACCCUGAAAUUUUGGCAAUGACAAAUCUAAUAGCAGCCUAUCAACGGAAUGAAAUAUUGGAGUUUGAGAAAAUCCUGAAGAGUAACAGAAGAACAAUUAUGGACGAUCCAUUUAUCAGAAACUAUAUCGAGGAUCUCCUAAAAAAUAUUAGAACGCAAGUCUUGCUCAAGCUCAUCAAACCUUACACAAGGAUCAGGAUUCCGUUCAUAUCUAAGGAGCUUAAUGUGCCCGAGCAAGAUGUUGAGCAGCUGUUGGUGUCACUAAUAUUGGAUAACAGAAUCCAUGGGCACAUCGAUCAGGUAAACCGGCUGCUAGAGUGCUGGGACAGGUCGAAGGGAACGAAGAAGUAUGCUGCUGUGGAGAAAUGGAACACCCAACUUAAGUCUCUCUACCAAACUAUUAACAACAGAGUUUGUUAGGAUUUGUUUUUCCCAUUUCCACACUUUGGUGUUUUUGUCAUGUUAUAUUGAGAUGGCUUCUGUCCUCUCCAAGUGUAAGUCAAAAAAAGUACCCGGAAAACAAAUUUUUUUCGUUGAUUAUUUCAUUUUACCAUAACUAUCUUUACGUGAAAGGUUUGCGAGUUAAAAGAGAUCAAAUCCAUACCAACAUCCAUGGGUAGCCCAAUAUGGAUCAUCCAUUUGAGCUAAAUCGGUGGUAAGAGAAGCAACAAUUUCGACUUCUCUCUUUGUGUUGUCUUGAUUGUAUUUCUUACUGGGUUGUGGAUGUUACAAUAUCUUAUUUCGGCUUUGUCUUUGAUUGUAUUCUUAUCGGAGCAUU